UAGCAACACUAUAUCAUGUCUAGACAAAAGAUACCAAAACCAGAAGUUCUGCUGCAGUACCAAGACUACAGACCAGAGGGCCCAACCUUGACCUUUGUCUUCCCAACACCUAUCCACAUGCAAAAUAUCAGUCCAUUCCAUCCAGUGUUCAUUUUCCCCCAGGUUAGAAAUGAGUUCUAUAAGGACACCCAGGGUGCUAUCCUGGUGUAUGACUGCACCAGUAAGGAGAGUUUUGAGGCACUGGACACCUGGUUAAACGAGAUGAAGAGAGAAAUAGGCAACCCUGCAGAGAUAGAGAAUGUGGUGUUCUGUGUCUGUGCCAACAAGACUGACAGACAGAAGAGAGCGGUAGAAGAGUCUGAGGGGAGAAUAUGGGCAGACACACACGGCUGUUACUACUUUGAAACAUCUGCACAGACAGGGGAGGGCAUCAACGAAAUGUUCCAGACGUUAUUCUCCACAAUAGUAGAAGCCUGUGAGAACGGAGGAAAGCCUCCAUCCAUCAGCACCAGUCUUGGGUACACUAAGGAGCAGGCUGAGGCCAUCCAGAGACUCAAGAACAGCAAGUCUGACUGGGAGAGACUAGGCCUGUACCCUGGGUCUUCAAAGGAUGAGAUCAACAAAGCCUACAGAAGACUGGCAGUGUUGCUCCAUCCAGACAAGAACGUGGCUCCAGGCAGCGAGGAAGCCUUCAAAAUACUAGUUAGUGCCAGAACAGCAUUGCUGCGAGGGAAGUAGCGCCUCCUUGUGAGCUUAGGAAAAACUGCAGCAAUGCCCAGCAAGGAGCUUUGACACUGUUUUAGUGUCUAGGUCUUGUGUCUAGUGAUGUCAUUGUUUAAUGGAUAGAAUGAUGCAAAAUGGCAGUCUUUAUAAAAAGUGCCACCUUGUGACAAUUUGGUAAACUGCACACAAGAACAGUGUUAGAUUUGUCUUGAUAAGUGGUAGAUUUGUAUGUUCUCUUGCAAGAGUUACCUGUAUAUUGUGUAUACUGUGACCGUUGGGUAUUUGUGCCACUUUUUAGUAAGAAUAAAUACCCACAAUGUAUAUUCUUGGGCAACAGGUGUAAGUGAAAACUUGUUCUUAUAACAAUUUUGGUAAAUGUGUAUAUAUUGGUAUUGCAUUUAUAUGUACAGGGGUAUAUAUUUUUCUUUGUAGGAUAAGACUUUGUUACUGAGUACAUGUAUGUACUUUGAUUUAAAAAAAGGAAUUGUGUCAAAACUUGGGUGUACAUUUGUAUGGUAUGGCCAAAUGAACAAAAAAUGUAGAAAAACAUAAAAAUGGUACAUCACAACAUUUUUUUCACAAGUAAACAUAUGCCCUACAUGGAAUGCGUUUCUUGUGACUGCAUAUUUCAGCUGGCUUCAAAAUUUUGCCAUUUUUUUGAUACAAUAAGAUAUAUGGUAUGGUGUACAUUUAUUACUUUCUUAAUGCUAUGUAAGAGCAGCUGUAUGUUACACUUGUAUGUUAACUAAUGACAUCAAGAACAAAAAUUCUUUUGUUGGUCAUAAACUCACUAUUUCCCUACCAGUGUUAAUGUACAGUAAUUGGAUUUCUUUCUAACAAUGUGUGUUGUUAAAUGGUUUGUUUAUAUUCACUGAUUAAAGAACAUACAGCCACACAA